AUGUCUUCUCCGAUACACCCGGCUGUCACCAUCAAUAAUAUCAAGAACUCUAUUCCCUUGAUACUUGAUAGCCAAACCGAGCACUACAAUACUUGGGCCGAACUUUUCGUCCUCCACUGCAAGGCAUAUGAUGUCUUCGAUCACCUCCAACCCCGUGAAUCUACCACCUCUUCCUCCACCUCCAAAGACUCCUCCGACAAAGAUAAGAAUAAAACACCGGCGGCCAAACAAACCUAUCUUGAAUCAUGGGAACGUAUUGAUUCCAUUGUUCUACAAUGGAUCUACGGUACCAUAUCUCAAGACCUCAUGCACACCAUUAUGAUCACUAAUACCACCGCGUAUGACGCGUGGUGCCGCCUCAAAAACCUGUUUCUUGACAAUCAAGCCGCCCGUACCAUCACCAUUCAAAACAAAUUCUUCAAUACACGCCUUGACCAGUUUCCCAAUAUGACCGAAUAUUGUCAAAACAUGAAGCUUCUACAUGACCAACUCAUUAGUCUUGGUUCCACUAUAUCCGAAAACCAACUGGUUCUGCAUAUUCUCACCGGCCUGACCGAUCAAUAUGAGAACAUCUCUCUCAUACUUCAGCAAACCCAACCCCUCCCAGAUUUCUACAACACCAGAUCGCGCCUCUGUCAAGUCGAAGAACGGAAGAUUGCUCAAGCCAAAGUAUCCGCUCAAACGGCCGGUACCGCACUUCACACCACCACCGAAUCCACCAGCCGCCAACCCCCUGAAAACCAAGCCUAUCAUCGGUCCGACAAUACUGCCCCCACCGAUCAGGGAUGCGGCCGUGGCCGGGGCCGAGGUCGUGGUCACGGUCCUUCCUCUUCGAGUCGGGGUUGA